CUCUCACCUCUCGUUCGUUUCCCCUCUCUGGAGUCUGGAACACCGCACUAUCUCGACGAAGCAUCGGCACCCCCAUGAUAGCGUCCAAGGAACCAAGACGAUGAGAUCCGCAUUGGCUUAGCCCCUGGUGGCUCCUUCCAUCUUCACCAAUAGCAUCACUCAAUUCCACCCACGGCACCCACUCCUCAGCUCGGAGCUCCAAAGCUUGAACCGUGACCCUUCCAUGAUGGAACUCGACCUGGCCACCCCACCGAGGUGCGUGUCCCGCACCGUCGUAUAAUGUACCUGAAGAACUGUCGUCCGUCCGCUUCUUGUCCAAGACGGCUGUCACCUCGCCAAUUGAUUGUUUGUCGCCAGUCGAACCCGUCAGAAGCCGCCCCUUGUGACUUCUGUACGGAGUAGCUAGACUAGCUCGCCAACAUGGCCAACCUCUCCGUCCGCAAUCUGACCAUCCAUCCCCUCGAGCUCCUCACCAUCGACCGCUUCGAGGGGUCCAAGGAGCAGACUGGCGAUCUUCUGACCAACACCCUGGGCACCGUCAACUCCUUCCUCAACGCUACCGAGUUCAAGACCACGCGCACUGUUGCCAAGGGCGAGCCUCACAAGCAAGACAAGGUCAAUGUCACCAUUGACCCCUUCAAGACCAAGGAAACCAAUGAGCGGACGGCAGACCCCAAGAAGGAGGUGAUCCGGCUGGUGUUCAAGACGGACGGCCACAAGUACGAGGUCGACGUGCCCAGCGCCGACACCAAGAGCACGGUCAUGAAGAAGCUGGACGGCGGCAAGCUGGAGCUCACAGCCGUCUACGUGCCCACCGGCGCCCUCCUCGCCGUCUUCUCCUCGACCAAGCUCGAUGCCUGGAUGAAGGAGCUCGACAACGACUGGCCGCUGCAGACGCUGUCCAUUCCCGGCACCCACAACUCGCCGACGUGCUACAAGGCCCUGCCCUCCGUGCGCUGCCAGGCCAUUGGCGUGCCGGAGCAGCUGCGCAACGGCGUGCGCUUCCUGGACGUUCGCGUGUCCGCCGAGCCCGAGGACCAGAACCUCGCCCUCGUCCACAGCGCCUUCCCCAUCUCCCUCACGGGGACCAAGUGGUUUGGCGACCUGUGCGACGACAUUUACGACUUUCUGCAAAAGCACCCGAGCGAGACGGUCAUUAUGAGCGUGAAGCGCGAGGGCACCGGCAAAGGCACGGACCAGCAGAUGGGCAACCACUUGAAGAAGAACUACGUCGAUAAGAAGCGUGACUUUUGGUGGACAGAGCCAAAGGUGCCACGCCUGGGCGAGGCGCGCGGCCGCAUCAUCAUCAUGCGUCGCUUCGGGCUGAGCGAGGAGCUCAAAAAGUGCUGGGAUGGUCGUGGCUUCGGCAUCGACGCCGCGGCCUGGCCGGACAAUUGCGAGGACGGCCGGAUUGGCGACGGCCAUAUCCGCGUGCAGGACUUUUACGAAAUCUCGGAGACGCAGAACGUGCAGAAGAAGAUUGACUUUGCGCGUGGUCAGCUGGAGCGUGCGGCGGAGCAGACCUUUUCCCUCCAGCACAAGGACAAGAGCCCCCCGUUCUUUGUCAACUUUCUGAGUGCCAGCAACUUCUUCAGCGCGAGCUGCUGGCCGGAGAGGAUCGCCGCCAAGGUCAAUCCGUCGGUUGUCGAGUAUCUAUGCAUCAGGCAUGGGGAGGACGGCAAGGGGCCCAAGAAACUCAAGGUCGGCACGGGUGGCACUGGUAUCGUGGUCACUGACUGGGUGGGCGCGAACGGCGACUGGGACUUGAUUCGCUGCGUUGUUGGCAUGAAUGCACGACUACAGAUGAAACGAUAGACACGGCACAUGAUGUAGAAACGAAGCGAUGCAUAGACGUAAAUAUGA